UGACGCAUACGUUUCAGACAAAAUCCCGGACACAACAAUAUAACGGCUCCAUAUCAUUGCGCUGCACGGUUCUGCUCCUCCCACGCCUUUGCUCUCGGUAUGGCGGACGGUGAGAGGUCCCCGUUACUAGCAGAUCUUGGAGAUGGUGCUCUUGUCGGCGGUAACGGCGGAGUGUCACCGGGCGCGGCUCCCUAUGGUUUACCAAAUAAACCACAAAGCUUCCCUCCCUUCCCCAGUCCCACCCAACCCUCAGUGCUCCUGGGGGAGGACCCUCCUCCGUACUCCCCCCUCACCUCCCCAGAGAGUGGCAGCGCGCCAGUCAUCAGCUGUAGGGUGUGUCAGAGCCUCAUCAGCGUGGAGGGGAAGCUCCACCAGCAUGUGGUCAAGUGUGGGGUCUGCAACGAAGCUACGCCCAUCAAGAAUGCACCAGCAGGGAAGAAGUAUGUCCGCUGUCCCUGUAACUGUCUCCUCAUCUGCAAAGUCACCUCUCAGAGGAUCGCCUGUCCCCGCCCCUACUGUAAGAGGAUAAUUAACCUGGGUCCAGUCCACCCUGGUCCAGCCAGCCCAGAACCCCAGCCGGCCGGAGCUCGCGUCUCCUGUGGAAACUGCAACAACACUUUCCUGUGGACAGAGUUUACUGACAGGACACUCGCCAGGUGCCCACACUGCAGGAAAGUCUCCUCUAUUGGUCAGAGGUACCCUCGAAGGCGGAGCUUGUGGUGUAUUCUACUAUGCUUGCUUUUCAGCAUCUCCACUGCUGGGCUGGUGGCAGGUACGUGGGUGAAGGCCCAGGCCUACGGGGGUAUCUAUGCCUCCUGGGCCAUGCUGAUCCUGCUGGUACUCCUGACCCUGGGUCGGGCUCUAUACUGGGCCUGCAUGCCUGCCAGUCUCUCUAUGGCAGGCGCUGGCAGCCACACCAGAGCCUCAUAUCAUGGCAUGGCUGAGUGGAACCAAGUCUUAAAUGAUGACAUAGCCCUCGGAUAAGACUGCUCCUCCGCAACCCUGAAUAUAUGUUCUGUUUUUGGGGCAUUUUACAUGAGAUUCAUUCAUUUGUUUUGGAAAACCCUUGAAGCACUGUUGAAAGGCAAAUGAAGCUAAAUUGAGGCAAGUGUAAGAUGAACACCACCUAAAUUACCCUCCUUCCCCCAGACAUGGAGCUGGGUUUGAAGGGAGGUUAGGAUUGUGUCCCAAAGGGCACCCUAUUCCCUAAAUAGUGCACUACUUGUGACCAGGGCUCAGUCUGGUCGAAGGUCAGAAGUAGUGUACUAUAUUGGGAAUAGGGUGCCUAUUGGGUUGCUUGCUAGGGCAUCGUCAGAGUGAGGUCUGUAUAUGUUGGAGUCUAUUUAUGCUGCAUAGUCUGUCUGUGGUAGUGUUCGUCUUUGAUCCAAAGCAGCUUAGAAGCCUUAAAGAAGUUGGAGGAAAAGAUUAAACCAUUUAACUGGACACACACAUACACACAUGUAUGUAUGUACGUACACAUUCACUCAUUCCCCACACAUAGCAACAUUUGGAGAGUCCCUGUAGUGGUAUGCAGCCAGAGUGAAAAAGCAUCGAUCCUCAAGGACUUCAGUUUAUACACAAGUUUGUUGCAAGUGAUCUGAUCAUCUCUUUAUUGUGCUCUUGGUUAAUAUUGUUUUCUUAUCCAGCUAAGAGCUAACAAGUGAGGUCAACAUGAGCUCUCAGUGGAACUCAUAGAUAUGUACUAGAGAGCUUCAAGGUGGUGAAAGCCCACCAUGGCUCUGCCCAUGUUAGAGAAAAAACUGGCUUUUGGCCAAGUGUGCUCUCUUUCCAACUCUAUGGUCUUACUACACUAAAUGUACUAUGAUGAGGCCCUGGUGAAAGAGGCAGGCUGUGGUUGUUGUAGACCCCUUACUCUGCUAGUGGUGCACUAAAUAGGGAGUAGAGUGCCGUUGGGGAUUCAGUCAGGGUAAGAGAAAACGGUUGCUGAAGAUAAUCUAGACGCACUACCUGCAUGUUGAAACACACUUCAUCUAACCAUAUAUCCUGUCUGUGGUUUGGAUGUGGUCGUAUUUAUUUAUUUUACAACAAUGUUCUUUUUUGUUUGUUUUAAUUGUACAUAUAUUUCUUGUUGUUCAUGUCAGAGUAAUUAUUGCUAAGCCGAUAUUGCACUUGUGUGCAUAACACUACAUGAUUUGAUUCUUGGAUAACUUAAAAAAAAAAAUGUUUUGUUAAUCAAUAGGGUUAUUUUUGCAACCCUUUGUUACUUAUUUUAACGGGAAUCUGCAAAGUUGUUAGAUAUUUGACUUACUAACACUAAGUCUCUGGACACGGGAACAUGUCCAGACCUUAACCACACACAUUCCUCAUUUACAUACAGACAAUCAAUCAUUUAAACCACAAAUGGCAUCAUUUUAAACACACACACAGAGUGACAAACGGAUGGACACACGUACAGCUCUUUGAGAUGGUUACCCUGCUUGACAGAACUGUGACGGUACCAGUAAUAGAUAUUUUAAAAUAUCUUGUUAUUUAUUAUAAUGAUCAUGUUUUAAUCAUGAUAUUAUGUACAAUAUUGAUCAUGUUAAUGAUGCCAAUAAUCAACAACCUGGCUGAUGCUCAUAUCAGAGUUUGUUUACACACAAUAAAGACAUGAUGUAUGAAAAUAUCA